GGCGGCGGGCGGUGUGGGCGCGGCGUGUGCGGCAGGCUGGGCUGCACCGCAGCGCAUACACUACAAUGGCUGCUGGAAAGACGGGAAAGCAAACAAUUUCCAGGCCCGCCGCGUCCAGCCCGAAAUAUGGGGAAAAAAUUACAGAAAAAUCGGAGAACACUGUAAAGGGUGGAAACGGGGCGCAGAGGGGAUGCUGAGGCUCCCGCGACCAGUAAAAAUGGGAAGUACUGGAUUCUGGUUUCCUCCAAGAAGAGUCAGCGGAACUGGUUAAGACCAAAAUCUGAGGACUUUAGUGGGCAAACAUCAGUCCCCUUUUGCUUUCUUUUACGACCACAUGAAACUUGAGAAGCCAUCUAAAGCUAAAUCAUUUAGUGGAGUUGGGCAAUUCCCAAGUGUCCAACAAGAAGGCCUGGUUUAGGCUGCGAUGGCCACUGUCAUUCCUGGUGAUUUGUCAGAAGUAAGAGAUACCCAGAAAGUCCCUUCAGGGAAACGUAAGCGUGGUGAAACCAAACCAAGAAAAAACUUUCCUUGCCAACUGUGUGACAAGGCCUUUAACAGUGUUGAGAAAUUAAAGGUUCACUCAUACUCUCACACAGGAGAGAGGCCCUACAAGUGCACACAACAAGACUGCACCAAGGCCUUUGUUUCUAAGUACAAAUUACUAAGGCAUAUGGCUACUCAUUCUCCUGAGAAAACCCACAAGUGUAAUUAUUGUGAGAAAAUGUUUCACCGAAAAGAUCACCUAAAGAAUCACCUACAUACACACAAUCCCAACAAAGAGGCCUUUAAGUGUGAAGAAUGUGGAAAGAACUACAAUACCAAGCUUGGGUUCAAACGUCACCUGGCUUUGCAUGCUGCAACAAGUGGUGACCUCACCUGUAAGGUAUGUUUGCAGACUUUUGAAAGCACAGGAGUGCUGCUGGAGCACCUAAAAACUCAUGCAGGCAAGUCGUCGGGUGGAGUGAAGGAGAAAAAGCACCAGUGUGAACACUGUGAUCGUCGGUUCUACACCCGAAAGGAUGUCCGCAGACACAUGGUAGUGCACACUGGAAGAAAGGACUUCCUCUGUCAGUACUGUGCACAGAGAUUUGGGCGGAAGGAUCACCUCACGCGCCACAUGAAGAAAAGUCACAACCAAGAACUUCUGAAGGUCAAAACAGAGCCAAUGGACCUUCUAGAUCCCUUUACCUGCAAUGUUUCUGUGCCUAUUAAGGAUGAGCUGCUUCCAGUGAUGUCUUUACCUUCCAGUGAACUGACAUCAAAGCCAUUUACAAACACUUUGCAAUUAAAUCUCUACAACACUCAGAUUCAGUCCAUGCAGAGUUCUGCAUCUGCACACCAAAUGGUUGCCACAUCGUUACCAUUGGGAAUGCCUUGUCCAAUAGAUAUGGAGUCUGUCCACCCUCCUCACCAGCUGUCGUUGAAAUACCCACUCGGUACUACCUCAUACUCAAUUUCUAUGCCUGAAAAAGAACAGCCAUUGAAAGGGGAAAUUGAAAGUUACUUAAUGGAGUUGCAAAGUGGUAUGCCUUCUUCAUCCCAGGAUUCUCAAGCAUCUUCAUCAAAACUAGGGCUGGAUCCACAAGUAGGGCCACUAGAUGAUGGGUCUGGGGAAGUUUCCCUUUCCAAGGGCUCCGUUCCUAUUAGUGAACCUCUAAACACCCCAUCAUUGGACUUUUCUCAGCUGUUCAACUUCAUACCUGUAAAUGGCCCUCCCUAUAAUCCUUCUGUUUCAGUGGGAAACCUCGGGAUGAGUUAUACGCAAGAGGAGGCACAUUCUUCUAUGACUCAACUUCCACCACAAACCCAGGAUCCACAAGAUCCUAGCAAUAGUAUAGGUCUUGGGUCUCUGCACUCAUUGUCAGCAGCUUUCACAAGCAGUCUAAGCACAACCACCACCCUACCACGAUUUCAUCAAGCUUUCCAAUAGGAUGUACAAAGCUGGCUUUUUAACUGUCUAUUUGUAGAAAUGCCUUAGGUGACCAUUUUUAACUUAGUGCCUACUAUAAGACAUUAUAAAUUCUCUGCUUUUGUACAGUACCAAUCUCAUGAAGCCAGUAAGAAAUUUAAAUUAACUUUUUUAAAAUGUUUUGAAAGUGUUUAUUCUCAGCUGUGUUUACUUUGGUUUGUUGUUUUUUUUUAAACAGUCUCAUUGUAUUGUUUUCAUUUUCACUGCCAAUUUACACAUUUAAAAUGUUCAGUAGAAAGUCAUCCCAAGCAAACUCACAACACUCAUCCCGUUUUUAAAACUUUUUCAACCAUACCAGCUAUUCUGUUUUAUUGAUGUCAGUGCUAGAACUGCCACUUUUACCUUUUAAUAUAUUUUACUAUUUGCAAAUAAUCAACUUAAAAUAUGUAUCACAAAAAUUCCUGAGAUUUGGGGAAAAAAUUCUCCAGUCUGUUUCCAAACAAAUCCUCUUCCCAAAUGGUGACACAUCUGACCUGUUCUCUAAUGACAAAUCUA